AUGAGGAAGCGCCUGGAGCCCCGUCUCAUCUGGGCGCUGGACACCGCCUCCGCCUCGCCCGCCCACCUGUCGCCCCCAUCGCCCUCCUCAUCCCCGAAGCCGCCCCGCCCCGCGGCACCGUUCCUCGCCGUGCUUUUCCGCCGGGGCCGAGUGGACGCCGCGGCGCUCCUCAACCGCUGCCUCCAUGGGACGCCCGUCCCGGAGGCCCGCUCCCUCCUCUCCGCGCUCCCGGACGUCUGCGACGCCGUCUCCUACAACACCGUCCUCGCCGCGCUCUGCCGCCAGCGCGUGGGCGGUGGCAACCACCUGCACCAGGCGCUCUCCCUCCUCGCCGACAUGUCGCAGGAGGCGCACCCGGACACCCGCCCCAACGCCGUGUCCGACACCACGGUCAUGCGGGGGCUCUGCGCGUCGCGCCGCACGGGGGAGGCCGUCGCGUUGCUCCGGUCCAUGCAGGCCAGCGCGUCUGCGCCGACAUCGUCACAGGGAAGGACGGGUAAGGCUGCAAAGGUGGAGGACAUGAUGGUGCAGCGGGGGCUGGAGCCAAAUGUAGUGACAUACAAUGUGCUCAUCAAUUCCCUGUGCAAGGAAGGAUCGGUAAGGGAGGCGCUUGCAUUGAGGAAGGAGAUGGAUGACAAGGGUGUGGCACCGGAUGUUGUGACAUACAAUACCCUGAUCGCAGGGCUUUCUGGUGUGCUUGAGAUGGAUGAGGCAAUGGGUUUGCUUGAGGAGAUGAUUCAGGGAGAUACUGUAGUUGAGCCUGAUGUGGUGACUUUCAACUCAAUUAUACAUGGACUAUGUAAGAUCGGUCGGAUGAGACAAGCAGUCAAAGUUCGUGAGAUGAUGGCCGAGAGGGGGUGUAUGUGUAACUUGGUGACUUUCAAUUAUCUGAUUGGUGGAUUCCUUAGGGUUCACAAGGUUAAGAUGGCUAUGAACUUAAUGGAUGAGCUGGCUAGUUCUGGAUUGGAACCUGAUUCAUUCACCUAUAGCAUAUUGAUAAAUGGCUUCAGCAAGAUGUGGGAAGUUGACUGUGCGGAAAUGUUCUUUGCGUACAAUGAGGCAACAUGGGAUAAAAGCCGAGCUAUUUCACUAUAUUCCUUUGCUUGCAGCUAUGUGUCAACAGGGAAUGAUGGAGCAAGCUAUGGGGAUACGAAAAUGGUUAAACAGUUGAUUAAGGAUAUGCUUGUUGAGGGUCUGGCUCCUGAUGCCGUGACAUAUUCAAUGCUAAUCAACAUGUAUGCAAAAUUAGGAGACCUAGAAGAAGCUGAGAGGGUGCUUAAACAGAUGACUGCAAGUGGCUUUGUGCCUGAUGUUGCUGUAUUUGAUUCACUGAUCAAAGGCUAUAGUGCUGAAGGCCAGAUAAACAAGGUUCUGAAAUUGAUACAUGAAAUGAGAGCCAAGAAUGUAGCUCUUGAUCCAAAAAUUAUCUCGACCAUUAUCCGCCUUCCUGAACAGACGCCGCUGCUCUGGUCUGCCACCACCGCCUCGGUCCCUCACAGCCAUGGGCCAUCAAUAUUGCAAUCAGCUCCACCAUCCCUCACUCCCGUCCACCACUAUCAUGUAGCCUUGACCAGUCGUGCCCUGUGA